CCCGCCCCGCCCCAUCAUGCACCGCGAGCGCGGCCACGCGCGCCGCUCGCGCCCAGCCGCCGUCCGGGCUCCCGGCUGAAGGAGAGAAGGUUCGGCAACGGGGCCGGGGGGCGCCGGGAGGCGGCGGCGGCCCGGAAGGCUGGGCCGGGGUGCAAUGGCAGCCUCCUCCUCAUCCUCCUCGGCCGGCGGAGUCAGCGGCAGCUCCGUGACGGGCUCGGGGUUCAGCGUUUCGGACCUGGCGCCGCCCCGGAAAGCCCUCUUCACUUAUCCCAAAGGAGCUGGGGAGAUGCUGGAAGAUGGCUCUGAGAGGUUCCUCUGCGAGUCUGUGUUCAGCUUUCAGGUUGCAUCAACACUGAAGCAAGUGAAGCACGAUCAACAAGUCGCAAGGAUGGAAAAACUUGCCGGUCUGGUGGAAGAGCUGGAGGCAGAUGAGUGGAGGUACAAGCCAAUAGAGCAGCUCCUGGGAUUCACUCCCUCCUCAGGCUGAGCGUGUCUGGAUCGCUGCUGUCAGGGAGCAGAAGAAAAACGUUCCCUGGCCCGGCUUCAAAACAGCCCCCAUCCAUCAGAUGCUGACAGCUGCAUCGGCAGGAUGGGGCUUUGGGUUUUUUUGAGAGUGGGGAUCCCCCGUAAAGCUGCCAAUAAACGGAAAUGACGAGA